AUGCAGUACGGAUGGAAUGUGCGAGAACGCGUCGAGUUCGCGAAAGAGCGUUUCGCGACCUUUGCCUUUUGCCAAGGACCGCCACAAGCAAUGGCAUUGAACGACGAAGACACGUUGCGCAAGAGGAAGCCACAGGCAGGAGAGACCAUUUCGUAUGAGACAUAUGUCGCCACCCACCCUAACAAUUAUGUAAAUUUGGGAAUUGACAGUGCAAUUCAGUCCACGGCAAAUAUGUCAGCGCCGCCUACCUGUGCACCUGCCGCAGAAGCGUUUGCUCACCGACCAAGAGAAACCCCGUUGCCACAGACGAACUUGUAUGUGGUAGUCGCGGUAACCCUCGUGGCCGGGUUGGUUCGCCUCUACCGUAUAUCGAACCCGAGUCAGGUGGUCUUUGACGAGGUGCAUUUUGGUGGUUUCGCCAGCAAGUAUAUCCAAGGAAAAUUCUUCAUGGAUGUGCACCCACCUCUGGGCAAGCUGCUCAUUGCGGCCAGUGCGGUUCUUGCAGGCUUCGAUGGCUCAUUCGAUUUUAAGUCGAUCGGAUUGGACUACCUUGAACCAAAAGUUCCUUAUGUAGCCAUGCGGAUGCUGCCCGGAAUUCUUGGUGUUUUACUAGUGCCGGUUGCCUACAUGACGAUGCGAAACCUACGGGUCUCCAAUGUGGUGUCAAUCAUGACGGCAGUACUCCUCAUUUUUGAGAAUGGGUUGGCUUGCCAAUCACGAGCGAUCCUUUUGGACUCUAUUCUCCUAUUCUUUAUGGGUCUCGCUUUAAUGACCUGGACGGAUUUCCUCAAUCUCCAAAAACAACCAUUCUCUUUCGCUUGGUGGUUUUCACUAGCUAGCACAGGGCUCACUAUGGGCUUGGCGGCCAGUGUGAAGUGGGUUGGCCUUUUUGUCAUUGCAACCAUCGGGUUUUCCACCAUCGCGAACUUAUGGGCGCUUUUAGGAGACCUGCGGGUCACACCGGGACAAUAUGCGAAGCAUUUCUUCGCCCGCGUGCUUUGUCUCAUUAUUGUGCCUAUCGCCGUGUACAUGACCGUAUUUGGAAUUCACUUCCUGGUGCUCACAAAUACAGGCUCGGGUACCGCCUUCAUGUCACCAGAGUUUCAGUCUACUCUGCGCGGCAGUGAGAUCAAGGAUACCUUUGCAGAGGUCGGAUUCGGAGCGGAUAUUCUCAUCCGCCAUGAAAACACCAAAGGCGGGUAUCUCCAUUCUCACAAGCAUUACUACCGUACGGGGUCGAAGCAGCAGCAGGUCACGUUAUAUUCAUUUGCUGAUGACAACAGCCUGUUCCAAAUUUUGCCCGCGCUAGUGUACGAAAAUGGCACCGCGCGAUCCCCAGCAGUCACACAAUUCCAGCCCAUCAAGCAUGGUGACAUUGUUAGACUCGAACAUGUGGCCAGCAACAUGCGUCUACACAGUCAUGAACAUCGUGCACCUGUUACGGAUAAUGAAGAUCACUAUGAAGUUUCGGCGUAUGGUGCGCCUGGGUUUUUAGGUGACUCCAACGAUCACUGGCGUGUGGAGCUUGUAGACUAUGAUGACAGCCAUCCGCAUCUGCUUGCAAUCGAAUCAAGAUUCCGCCUCGUACAUGUAAAUCUUCAUUGUACCUUGUUUUCGCGCGCUGUAAAGCUACCUGAGUGGGGCUUUGGUCAGCAGGAGGUUACCUGCGCGAAUCACAAGGGCCGGAAAGAUUUGACAUACUGGCGAAUUGAUCUAAAUCAGAAUCUUCUCCAGAAUCCAUUUAGUCGUCGAGCUUACUACAAGAAGCCCUCGUUUUUGUCAAAGUUUAUAGAGUCUCAUAAAGUCAUGUGGAAAAUCAAUGACGGAUUGAAUGGAUACCAUCCGUUCCAGUCACGGCCUGAUUCUUGGCCUGUUCUUGGACGUGGAAUCAGCUUUUGGAGUGCUAAAGAGGGUACAGGACAAAUGUAUCUUGUCGGAAACCCGUUCAUCUGGUUUUCCGCCUUGGUCUCUCUUGGGCUGUACGUAACGAUUGAAUCCGUUGCUGCAAUUCUCCAAAAGCGAGGACACCAAAGGACCGCCGAAUCUGUUGCCAAGACUGCUGGAGGCGGUGGACCUCUUCUUUUCUUGGGAUGGGCUCUGCAUUAUUUCCCUUUCUUCCUUAUGGGACGACAACUGUUCCUUCAUCACUACUUUCCUUCGUUCUAUUUCUCAGUACUACUCUUGGGGUCAUUGUUCGAAGGGGCAACUCGACGCUUCAAUCACUUGUUUCGAUCGUUUGCGGUACUCUGCAUAUGCACGGUUGCCAUCUACGUCUACAUCAACUACAGCCCGUUGACAUACGGCAUACCGAUGUCUAAGGAGCACUGCAAGCGGCUAAAAUGGCGACAGAGUUGGGACUGGGAUUGCAAAAAACAAUUAGAUGAUCCGAUAGAAUAGAUAAAGAGACAUUGCAGCUCCCCAUUGUCGGGAGACGAGAACCACCCUCUGCUCUAAUAUGCUCCACUGUAUUAAAAAGUUGUCAAAUACACAAACAUCAGAUCGUGCGCCGA